AACCCAGCCGAGAGAAAUUCGGCACAGCCUGAGGGGAAAUCUCCGAAACAUAGGAAGGUGGAAGAAGAGAAGGCUGCCGUUGAGGGUGAGGAAGACCCCACGCUUGCUCUAAUGCGGUCCAUGGGUCUCCCGACGGGAUUUGUUGGGGACAAACUAGCCCAGUACGGGGAGGAGGACCAAGACGACUUGUCUGAUGGUGACUCUAUAGGACAGGGUACUGAAUCGGAUGAGCCUUG